CGCUCAAUAUAAAUACACACACCAAACCCACCGUCCGUCCCCCACCACCCUGCUCUCUUCCUCCUGACCAGCGAACCACCUUCUGCAGCUUCAGCUAGCCUGAGAAGGUAGCCAGCAGAGCUUACCCGUGGCUGCACUGCACUGCACGGCUGCCAUGAAGAAGGUGAUCCGGGCGAGGCCGCGGCGGAUCCCGGCGUUCGGAGAGUGGAACUACUACGAUGACGGCGGGUACGGGUACGGCGACGGCGGCGGCGACUGGCCGGUUACCCAGUACUUCGACUCCGCCAUGGCCAUGCAGGCCGGCCUAGUCAUGGCUUUGCCGGUAUCGCCUAAGCCAGUCAAAAAGGCGGUGAAGUGGAUUGACAGCGCUACGCUGGAGGCGGAGCAGAGAGCGCACAAGGUAGUGGCGGGGCCGGGCGAGCACGGGGCGAAGAAGCAGGGGAAGCAGAGCAGGGUGUCUGACUCUGACGCCGGGGCCCACCUCGCCGGAAGAAACCACAAGGCGUGCAUCAGGGCGGUCAAAGCCGUGGACGAGGACCUCUACGUGAUCCCGCCCGACAUGCUCUGCCACAAGCCAAGGAAGGGGCUGGCGAAAAGCCUGUGGAUCGGGUGCCUAGGGCUCAGCUGCAUCGCCACCACCUAGGGAUCUGGCCUGGCUCGCCAUCAGCAACAGUCCUUGUUCUGCGUGCGGGUUGUAAAGAGCGGAGGAGGAGCAGAAAACAAGGGCCAUGAUGCUGUCACACGAUCAUAUCUAUCAGUCUCUCUUCUGUGUGCGUGCGACUGUAUGUGCGUUUUAAUUAGGAUGGAGACGACGACGUGAUGUGUGCUAGUGCUAUGCCGCAAGUGUGCGGCAGCGUCAUUUCCUCGUGCCAAAGACCAAUCGAGUGCUUCUUUUCCCGUUCCAUCUUAGCUAGCUCCAUGGAAUUACGGCCGGCGGUAUGGUAAAAUUGUCGGGGGAUGGGUAAAGGAACUACUGCUAAAAAAAUGAUCUAAUGCAAUGUACUACUUUUUCGGUCU